GUUCCACGAGUUCGGCCUCUAUGACGUCCUCCACUCGAUAAGGUUGCGGGCCCGCCACAUCAAGGGCAAGGUGGGGUGGAUCUGCGUGGCCGAGGAAGAGGGGAAGGCGGCUCCGGGGAUGCUGGCGCGCCGGUACUCGGGCAUCCACCUGCCGGCCUACAUCGUGCCGACGAAGAAGCGCAAGAGCUCCCAGGGGGACGGUGACGACAACAAGGUCCGGGACUCCAUCAUUGCCAAGCUGCCACCUCCUCUCAAGCAGGAGCUCCGCUUGGACAUUCACGAGAGUCUGGUGGGGAAAAGCGCCUUUGGCUUCGCACGGCUGGUGCGCUACGUCUGCCGCAAAGAUCUGGGCUUGGUCGAGGUCGAUGCAGUGAACGCCUACUUCCAGAUGACCGUCCCGCUGCUCCCCGGCGAGGCCAUGCAGCGUUACCUGGACCGGCGGGACGAGAUCCUCGCAGAGGUUUGCUACGCCUUCGGGGUCAAGCGCGACCAGGCCAAGCGCUUGUUCAUCGCUCUGGGCUUCGGAGGGUCGCUGUCCAACUGGUGCUCGGAUGUGCUGGGUUACAUCCCCGAGGAGGGACGACCCGAUGGCCGGCGAACUCAUGAAGACCUUGCAUUGGCCUUCACGCCGGCGCAGCGGGAGUGGUUCAAGGAGCGCUCCGAUGCCUCGGCGGCCUUCUCCAAGUACGAGGACAUGGAGCGCAGGUUCCUGGACAUCCUGAUCGAGGAGGCCUCGCAGAGAGUCUUGGACGCAGCCGAGCGUGCCGGUGUGGCGGUGGCUCUCAAGGAACUGUCGAAGCCGUGGGAGUUCGCGAGCCAGGAGUACUCGGAGUUCGACUGGCACGUGGUCGCGCGGAUGCCCUACCGCGCCUUCAGCGAGUUGCGCAAGCUGGUUUCCCGCUACGCCGUCCAGGGCGAGAGGGAGGUGCGGGCCAACACGGCCGACCUGGUGCGCUACGUGGCCGAGGUGCUGUCCGAGACGGUGAACGUGCCCAACAAGCUGGACGAGAGAUCCAGCAGCUACGAGUACUUCACAAGCCAGGGCUUCUGGGUGGAACGCCACGGCGAGUACCUGCACCGCCAGAUUCAGGAGGUGCUCAAGCAGAUCAACCGGCACCCCCUCGCCUGGACUUGGACUCCCCCGAAGCCCUUCAACCGCGUGGACUUUGCCCACGGCCUGGUGUCAAGUGUCCUUGGCUAUCUGGGCGAGCGCACGAUGCCGUCGCUGGACGGCGCGCGCAUCAACGGGCUCCUCCUGUGCCGUGAUGGCUACCUGCUGGACUUCACCGACACGGCUACCCAUCGGCGUCGCCGAGCAAGGCCUUCGGAUCGCCUGGGGUUCGUCGCCAAGGCCCUCUCUGACCUGUGGCGGCCCAAGAACGCCAGCGGCCUCGGCCGGCUUGUGCGGGACUUUCUGGAAACCAAGGCCAGGACCCUGGAAGAAAAUGAGCCCGGGCGGCUCGUGAUCGAGGAGUUCGAGCGGCUGCUGAAUGAGGAGAAGUGCCCCGUCCUCUCGGUCCUGAAGAACUAUGCGAUCCUGAGGGAGAAAGUCGACGGCGUCACGACGGAGACGAUCGACUGGAACUGGAUCCUCUGGGUGCUGCGCUUCAUCACUCGCUGCAUCCUGGGCGAGGAGCACCUGUGCGAGAUGCUGUACCUCUUCGGGGGCGGAUCCUCCGGAAAGGACGUCCUGAAUCUCCUGAUCUUCGCCGUGCUGGGCUUGGGGGUCGACAACCUGGGCGUCAUGCUGCCCGGGCGAUAUCUGGUCGCCGGUGGCCAGCCGGCCAACGAGAAUGCCAGCCCGCUGUUGGCGCGCAUGGAGCGCAAGCGGGCCGUCUGGGUAUCGGAGGUGCCACGGCACACCGAUUUGAACGAAGAGUUCGUCAAGCCUUUCUGCGAGCAGGGCGGUGCGCCGGUGCCAGCUCGGAAGUUGAACAAAGCCCCACGCGAUUUUGUCCCUACAUCGGUGCUGAUCGCCACUUCCAACCAUCCGGCACAAGUUCAACGGACGUCCGCUACAGAAGACAAUGGCUGGGACAGGCGCCUGCGGCUCCUGGAGACGAGAGUCAAAUUUACGGCCAAGACGGAGGAUCUGCACUGCAACGAGAUGAAGGCCGACGACAACCUCAAGGCCCGCGUGAACCUCGGGCACUACAACGCCUCCCUGCUGUUCCUCGUGGGCGAGCUCUACCCGACCUUGAAGUCCCGCUACAACGAAGGGACCGAGUUGAUCCCAAAACCCUCAUCCAUGGAGGAGCUGGAGAAGGAGUUCGCUGCCAAGCAGUCCGGCAACCAGUUCAAGGACUUCAUCAAGACCCGCUGCGUUCGGGUGGAGGGCAAGGUCAACGCCUCCUUGUUCACG